GUUGGCUCCAUGUUGGCAACUCUGAAUCAACAAUUCAAAACAAAUUUAAGGUUAUGCGUAUCAUAAAAAGCGGGCUGUUUGUUUAUUCGUUACAUCAAAUAAGAAAUUAAUAUGCCGAAAAUUAAAUUCGACCACAUUGUAAGCUUCAGCAGCGAAGACUCGGUGCAUGUAGCCAAUAACAUACUUAUACCCGAUCCGGCAAAGAAAUGGAAAAGCCGUACCCCAGGCGAAAUAAACGCGAAUAUAGUCUUGCAAUUGGAAAAAGCCAGCAAAAUCACCAGCAUAGACGUGGGAAACGAAAAUUCAGCUUUCGUUGAAAUUCUUGUGUCUCGUUCGAGCGCAACCGAUGAUUACAAACCUUUGCUGGUCAUGUCUUCAUUUAUGACGCCUUUGGAAGCCAGGCAAGGCAACUGCAUCAAUAAAGUGAGAAUGUUCAAGUUCGACGAGUUAUCAGAGCCCGAACGUAAUGAAAAGUGGGAUAGAGUUAAAAUUGUGUGCACUCAGCCUUUCAACAGGCACGUGCAGUACGGGCUGUCUUUUAUUAACUUGCACAACAAUGAGAGUGUUAAGGUGGACUGUAAGCCGAGUAAUAUGGCAGCCACAAUAGGUAAAUUUACUUUGAGGCCUGAAUCGCCUGAUAAUUUAAGCGCAGGGAGUUUGUUUGCCAGAAGGAAGGAGAUAUUAAAAGAGGAGCCUUUGAAAGCUGCAGCUGCCAUAAGAGAAGCUACAUCCUUGGCUGAGUAUGGGACUCCGAAAAAUAAAAAAAAAAUCAAAAUUAUACCAAAUGGUAGUGGUAGCAAAAAAAAAUCUCUGGAUAAUAAUGAAGAAAAACCCAAAGCCAGAAAUAGGAAUGAAUUGUUGUACCAACAAGAUGAAGAGGAUAGAAAUGAAAAAAUUGACAAAAUCAUAGAGAAAAAAAAAGAAGAAAAGGAAGAAAGGGAACUAAAAGAAAAAACGCCCAAACAGAACAGAAAAAUAAACGACAAUAAAGAUUCGGAUAAAAAUAAAGCAAGAAAAGAAUCCAGUAAAACAGACAAAAAACACAAAAAUGAAGAAACAAAACUAAGUGAGAAUACUAAAUUGCAAAACAACAAUAAUAAUAUCAAUAAAAGAAAGAAUGAUGAAGCAGUGGCAAGUUCAAGCGUUAAAAAACCAAAAAUCGCGAAAAAAUCUAAACCAUUCAAUAAACUAUUGGAAGAUGUGGUCCUUGUAAUAAGCGGCAUACAAAAUCCUGACAGGGCGAAUUUAAGAACUUCAGCGCUUUGUAUGGGCGCCAAAUACAAACCUGACUGGGAGGGAAGUUGUACCCACUUAAUUUGCGCUUUUCAAAACACGCCAAAAUUCAAUCAGGUCAAAGGUAAGGGAAAGAUAGUGACCAAAAAGUGGAUAGAGGAUUCGUACAGGGAGCGAAAGCGGAUGCCUUGGAGAAGGUAUGCUCUGGAUAGAGAUGACAAAAGUCAGGAUGAAAGUGAAGAAGAAAUUUUCGAGAAACUAGAUGAAGAUGAACCUGCAACAUCUCAAAAUAGUAAAGGUUCAGACACAGAAGAUGAAAUAGAAGCUAUAAGAAAAAUGGAAACAACUGCAAAAAAACUAGUUACCGAUUCACCCAAAGCAAGCAGUUCAUCAAAAGUAAUAAGACGCCAGCUCAGUACAGAUACAGAAGAAAAAAUCGAGAAAACACAAAAAAUAUCCAAACAAAACGGUUGUGGAUCUGACACCGACGAUGACGUCCAAAUAGUGAAAGUGCCGCAAAACAUAAAAACAUCGAGCGAUAUAUACAGCGUGGAUACAGAUUCGGACGACCUAUCGGAAGAAAUAGCGAAACCCAAAAAGUCGCCGAAAAAACUCAAAGACUUUUUCGAUGACAAAAAGUUUUACAUUGACUCCUCUUUUGUCGCCAAUAAAAUCGCUUUUUUGAGACGAUACAUUGUGGCAUACAAAGGGUUGUUGGUGGAUGACCCAACAGAUGAAAUAGAUUACAUUAUAACAAAAUCCGAAAACGUGGACACUAUUAAAGAAAUAAAUAGUAAUAGUGCUUGCGUUUCUUCACACUGGAUCACAGAGUGUCAUAAUAAGCAAAAACUAAUUUCGCAUGAAAGUUAUAUCUUUACAUAGAAAUAAAAGUUGAUCUUUUGUGUAUAUCUUUGUAAUACAUUGACUACUAUUUUUUGUUAUUUGUAAAUAAAUGUUUUU